UAAUCAUCAACGGCCAAAGAUCCGAAUCCGAAUAAAAAUAGUCCCUUUCCCAAUAAUUCAGAAGUAUUAAACUAUUGGAUUUCUAUCUCCAACAAGAAAAUUAGCACCUUUUUUUUCUCUUUAACUUUUUCUUUUGAAGUGUUUGAGCUUAUUAGUCAGCAAUGGAGAAAUUUGGAAAAAGAUUUCAAGGAAAAGUGGCAAUUGUAACAGCUUCUACACAGGGUAUAGGCUUUAGCAUAGCUGAACGGCUUGGUUUAGAAGGUGCUUCUGUUGUUAUCUCCUCCAGAAAACAGAAAAAUGUGGAUGAAGCAGUACAAAAACUCAGUGAUCGAGGAAUUGAAGUUUUUGGAGUAGUAUGUCAUGUGUCCAAUGCACAACAGAGGAAGAAUUUGGUCGACAAGACCAUCCAGAGAUACGGGAAAUUAGAUGUCAUUGUGUCAAAUGCUGCUGUAAAUCCCACUGUGGAUGCGAUAUUGGAAAUUAAAGAACCAGUCCUUGACAAGUUGUGGGACAUCAACGUGAAAGCCGCGAUAUUAUUGCUUCAAGAUGCAGCUCCUUACCUUCAGAAGGGUUCGUCAGUUGUUAUAAUUUCCUCUAUUGCUGGUUAUACGCCACCAGCUGCCAUGGGAAUGUAUGGAGUAACAAAAACAGCCCUUCUCGGAUUGACCAAGGCUCUCGCAGCUGAAAUGGCUCCAAAUACUCGUGUGAACUGUGUAGCGCCAGGUUUUGUACCCACACAUUUUGCUGAAUUUAUCACGGGAAAUGCUAAUGUGAGGAGAGAACUUGAGGCUAAGACAUUACUCAAUAGGCUCGGAACAACACAAGACAUGGCCGCGGCUACUGCCUAUCUGGCUUCAGACGAUGCUGCUUAUGUAACAGGAGAAACUCUUGUAGUUGCUGGUGGAAUGCAUGCAAGACUGUAGCAUCUUUCUUGUAGGUCCUCGCCCCAUCUUUUAUAAUCUCGUUAUCGCUUCUCCAUAAGAGGAAACUACAAUGAUAUUAAGAAUCAUAGUCUUUGUGCUCCUUUCAUUGUUUUUAAAACUACACUUGAAAUACAAGGGGUACUAUGUUCUCCCCUUCACUGUUCUUUCCUUGCAUUUAGUGAACCCUUUCUUUUCAUAAU